AGUAUAAUAGAGCUUUAUAUAUCGAAGAAGUUUAUAGCUAAAAUUAUAAAAUUUUAUAUAAAUAUUAUACUCGAGGACGACGGUAAUACGCGUAACGAUCUCGACGACGUAGCCGAGGAGCUAAAAGCUAACUAUAAAAUUAGCGGUAUCUACGAGUUAUACCCGAUUAAAAGAUCAAACCGAUACGGAAAAACUACUAAAAAAAGCGGACCUAAAAAACCUCGAAACGGGCUAGAAAGAAUACUAAAGUACCGAGACGACUAUUAA